AUGCCAAAGAAUUUGGGGAAGUUAAGAGAAAUCCAAGAGGAUUACAUAGCCCUGGAAGAACUUCAAGACGGUACUUACGGUAAGUUGGUAAAAGGAACCAGUAGAGGGGAAAAUGUGGUAGAACCACAGAACCCUCAGGUGGCAGCCCAAGGAGCGGGGCGAUCCAACAACGGGUCAACUCAGUUCGAUAAACAUCGGACUGGGGGAUGGAAAGGGCGAGACCAGACCCAGCAAAAGAAGGGAAAGUUCGUAUACCCAGUGUCCACGAAGCUAAACACUCCCAUAUCCGAGAUCCUUAAACAGAUCGAUGGAAAGCAUAAAAUCACUUAUCCAUGGAACCGAGGUCAGCAGCCAGAGCGGGCUAAAAACAGAACUGACUUCUGCGAGUUCCAUCAAUUCCAUAGCCACACGACACACUCGUGUAGAAACUUGAAUAAGUUGGUGCAAGAUAUGAUCGACGAAGGAAAGCUUCAAGAGUACAUUGCGCAACCAGUAGUCCCACUCAUAGCCGGGGCACCCGUACAUCGGGUGAAAAUCCCUCGUGAGGCGCAAUAUCUAGGGUGCAAUAUAAUAUCGCACUCGACAAUCGUAAUCCCCACACCUGGAGGAAAUAUUACAGGACGAAUUCACAAACGCAACUUCGCGGGUAAUGAGGUCUACAGUGUCGCUAGAGAACCCCCUAUAGAGAAGUGGAUGAAAUUACCUAUCAGUUCCUCAGCCUCGGAGGCACCAGAGGGAGGGAGAAACCACAACGACCCCCUAGUGGUCACAAGGGCUAUCGUACUUCCCGAAUGCGAAGGAAAGGAGGAAACACAAAAGACAUUGCCUUGGGCGAUGCCAAAAAUCCUGAUCGACGGAGGAAGUUCUGUUGAAAUAUUGUUUUACGAAAUAUUCAAGCAGAUGGGUCUUAGAGACGAUUUCCUGAUACCCUCCACCUACAACAUAUUUGGAUUUAACGGCUCCUCAACUCUCCCUAAAGGCGAGUUGACAUUAUAUAUCCGGUGGGAACAAUCCUCACCCUAA